AGUCAGCUGUUCAUUACACGGAUUGUUUGUUUACAUGAAGUUUGAUUUUUAAUUCUAAACUAAUUCAUUUAAUAAAGAAAUCAAUAGCAUAUGUUUAAAACUCAUUAUGGCAUCAAGAUUUAGUGGUGCCCUGCAGCUAACAGAUUUGGAUGACUUUAUUACGCCAUCACAGGAAUGUAUCAAACCUGUUAAAAUAGAGAAAACGAAAUCAAAAACCGGUGCAAAAAUAAAAAUUGGCGAGGAUGGCUACUUUGAUAUAUCUGGAGGAAGAGAGCAGAAGCUCCAAAAAGUUGAAAUCACUUUAGCAGACUGCCUGGCGUGCAGUGGUUGCAUCACUUCUGCAGAGAGCGUGCUUGUUACUCGACAGAGUCAAGAAGAGCUACUGAGGGUAUUCAAUGAGAGAAAGUACAAGGACAAUAAGGGUGUAACAAAAAAUGUCAGUCUGAUUGUCAUAUCACUGUCACCACAGCCUGUGUUAUCACUGGCUGUCCGCUACAAACUUAGUGUUGAAGAAGCCACCAAAAAGUUGGCAGGAUACUUCAAAAGUUUAGGGGCUGACAUGAUAUUAGAUAUGACUAUAGCUGAAGAUCUGUCACUCCUGGAAGCACAGCAGGAGUUCUUAGAGCGUUAUCAUAAUCAACAAAAUGAGCCCUCAUCAAAAAACUUACCAAUGCUUUCUAGCUCUUGUCCAGGUUGGGUCUGCUACGCUGAAAAGACACACGGUUCGUUUAUAUUACCGCACAUAUCAACCACCAAGUCGCCACAGCAGAUAAUGGGUUCGUUGGUGAAACAGCUGCUCUCCGAGUCGCGGGGCGUUAUCCCUGGCGAAGUAUACCAUGUUACGGUUAUGCCGUGUUACGAUAAGAAACUCGAAGCUUCCAGAGAGGAUUUUUAUAGCGAAUUAUUGAAUUGUCAUGACGUCGAUUGCGUCAUCACUGCCAUUGAAAUAGAGCAAAUGCUCGGCAAUAGCAAUAUGUCGCUAUCGGAGGCAGCAGACGGCGAGCUGGAGAACCCGUGGGGGACGGAGGAGGACGGCACACCGCCCUCCAUUAAACGGCACAUCGGCUCCGGAUCCGGCGGAUACGCCGACCAUGUAUUUCUGUACGCAGCCGAGCAUCUAUUCGGCGAGACGAAUGCACGACUGGUUUACAAGAAUUUGAGGAAUCCUGACUUUAGAGAGGUGACAUUAGAGAAGGACGGUAAAGAAGUGUUGAGGUUCGCGAUCGCGAAUGGCUUCAGAAAUAUACAGAACCUCGUGCAGAAGUUAAAGCGCGGGAAGUCGCCGUACCACUACGUGGAGGUGAUGGCGUGCCCCUCAGGUUGUUUAAACGGCGGCGCGCAAGUGCGCAGCGCCACGGCGGAGGGGGGGCGCGAGUUGGUCCGCGCGCUGGAGGCGGCGCACGAGCGGCUGCCACUAGCGCCGCCCCCCCGCGCCGCCCGCGCCCUCUACGCGCGCGCGCUGCACGGCCACCACUCGGACAAGGCGCGCGCCCUCCUCCACACCGCCUACCACGCGGUCGACAAAACUGACCUCACACUCAAUAUCAAGUGGUGAACAUAGACAUAUACCUGCGAGUCAUACGCGACGCGACCGUACAAGCGAAACUUUUUAUAUCUAUUUACUUACUUGUAUACAUACAAAU